UUGGUUACGUCAUCAAAGCGCGUCUCUAAUCUUUCCUUUAGCACCACAUGGUAUAUGGAGAAGAGUAUUUGGUAAUUGGGUUACGGGCGAACGGGGAAGGAUAAGGUUGUCAACGCUGAGAACGGAUAUGGAGUGUAAGAAAAUACAGCUUCCCACAAAUAAUACUCCACUACGAAGGAGUAAACGGAGAGCGGGUAACAGCUUAUUAGACAGCAUCAGAACAGAGGAAAGUGAACAGUCUGAAAUAGAAGAUAACACCGAGGCACAAGUUUUAGAGCAGCACGAAAAACAAGAAUGUGCGACUGAGAGUCUAGAUAGUGUUAUAUCAGAUCCUAAAGAUGUAAAUGAUGUCAAUGAGAGACUGGAUCAAGGUGAGCAAAGUAAUGAUAGGGACGGACCAGCUGAAAACGAUAAACCCGAUGAACAAUCUAGUGUAGAGUUGGGCAAUGGACAGUCUGUUGCAAAGCUGAAACAGGAUUCCAAAGAAGGGAAUAUUAUACUCAAAAAGGAUUCUACAUCUGGCAGCUGUCUGAUAAAACCUCGAGGGAAACCAAAAUCUGGGAGGAUUUGGAAAGACACCAACAAGAAAAGGUUUUCACAAAUGGUAAAUGGCCAUUCUCUGAGUACCUCUUGGGAAGUUAAGAUGAAAGCUCGCCAGGAAAAGAAAGUUCUCAAAGAAUUUUCCAAGCAACUAAAAGAUGAAAAACAAAGGGAGAAAGAUGAAAAAAAGAAACGUAGGGAAGAAAAUCUCAAACGCCGAUUGGAGAAUGAACGGAAGGCUGAAGUAGUACAAGUGAUUCGUAAUCCAGCAAAAUUGAAGCGUGCAAAGAAGAAGCAACUUAGACGUAUUGAAAAGAGAGACACACUGAAACUUUCCCAGUCCUCAAAAAAAGUGCCACAGAGUAAAAGCCAUGACCAUUCUGCUAAAAAAGGACCAACUAUUUCUAGCUAACCUUAACGUACUUUCAAAACCUAUACAUUUUAUCUUUCCUUCACGUAAACUGGUAAUUAAAGUCAGGGGAACGAGUGUGAA